AGCGCCAUCAACGCGUGAUAAGAUGAAUCGCGAGAAGCGGUUGCGAAGACUCUAACACACAUUUGCGUGUGGAAAUUUAAUUAACACUUUGUUAAAGUGUCUCUUUGGGGUUGUAUCAUAGAUCCCAAACAGAUUUUUGAAAUUGGUUGCAAUUCGUAGUAGUAUAAUCGCCUACAAUCGCUAGACGGCGACGAGCUGCGAAAAUAGGAUUAAAAAUCGAUUUCGAGGUUUCUAGAAGGAAAGGCCACCAGUGACGCGGGGAUAUUUUCAGAUAAUCGAACUUGUUUUUAGGGGAGUUUCAUCAAACAUGGCUGCGUUACCGCGAAGGAUUGUUAAAGAAACACAGAGACUAAUGCAAGAACCAGUCCCUGGUAUUAGUGCUGUGCCAGAUGAUACAAAUGCUAGGUAUUUUCAUGUAAUUGUAACCGGACCUGAAGAUUCACCGUUCGAAGGUGGAGUGUUUAAACUUGAGUUGUUCCUACCAGAAGACUACCCAAUGUCUGCUCCUAAAGUUAGAUUCAUUACAAAAAUAUAUCAUCCAAAUAUAGACAGAUUGGGAAGGAUUUGCUUGGACAUUCUGAAAGAUAAAUGGAGUCCUGCUCUUCAAAUCAGAACAGUUUUACUGUCUAUACAAGCACUUUUAAGCGCACCGAAUCCAGACGAUCCUUUGUCAAACGAUGUAGCUAGACUGUGGAAAGUAAAUGAAAGCGAAGCAAUACGUAAUGCCAAAGAAUGGACUCGAAGAUACGCUAUGGACAACUGAUCUAAAAUCAUCCAUGAUGCAAAGUGACAUUACCCCUAUCUUUCCGAGUUUACCGAUCACUUUACCCGCACCAGCUGCGUACCCUGCACCUAUGUCCACAAUUUUGCUAUAAAAAUAAUAAAAGUUUUGUAAGAGUAAACAGAAUGAAACUGUAUUUUCUAUAUUGCGGGGAAUACAAAGAUAUCGUGUUUACAUUUCUUCUAUGAUUUAUCAGGCAGACUAGUAAAAGUUCUAAGAGUAAAACAUCAAUCAUGAAGAUUCUAACCUCAGCAAGAAUGUAUAAUUUUAAUGGAAUAAUAGUUUUUACUUAAAAAACAUACCUUUGUAGUGAAAGUAAAUGAAUGUAGUAUGUUGCGUAAACAUUUUUUUGAUAUACGAUUACAGAAUGGCUUGUGCAAUCAGUAACGUAUAGCCUUUAUUUUGGUACCUUCAAUGUAUCCCUGAAGUAAAACAAAAGUACUGGGUCGUUCAUUAUAUUAUACUGAUAUUACAUUUUCUGUAUUUCAUUAUAUCUACUAUCUAGUUGUCUGAUUAUCUUAUAUUUAUCGUUUCCGCGAUUGUAAUACGUCGCAUGAACUAUAUUUUAAUUACUGAAUUAAUUCCAGAAAGUAAUAAUGUUUAUUUAUAAUAAUCAAGUUUAAAUGAUAGGCGUACAAAAGUAUUGAAAUUUGUCAAGUAUGCGAGGUUCCAUUUUUAAAGUGU